AUGGAUUGGCUCUUCGGUAGAUCAGUCUCCUUCAAUGCAAAAAACGACGUACCUGCAUUAGACGGAAAAGUCAUCCUAGUGACCGGAUCAAACGCAGGACUAGGAAAGCAAGCAGUUCUCGAAUACACCCAUCACAACCCCAAAACAAUAUGGCUAGCAGCACGAAAUCUUUCCACAGCAAAAGCUGCAAUCGACGAAAUCCAGAAGACCGUCCCUGAAUCGUCAACAGAGAUUAAAAUCCUCGAACUCGAUUUGACAUCCUUCAAAUCCAUCAAAUCAGCCGCCGAAACCGUAACGGCUCACUCCGAUCGUCUCGACAUCCUCAUGCUUAAUGCAGGUAUCAUGGCAGCACCUACCGGUGUCACAAAAGACGGCUACGAAUUCCAAUUCGGCACAAAUCACAUGGGUCACGCGUUACUCACGAAACUCCUGAUCCCACUUCUCGAUCGAACCGCCAAAUUACCCAACGCAGAUGUGCGUAUCGUGUCACUAGCUUCUGCGGGCUACAGAAUGGCUCCUAAAGCUCCAUUUCCUUUCGAUGAUAUGAAAUCGAGCGCUGAGAAUAUCCCGCCUUGGGGUCGUUAUGGAGUUUCGAAACUCGCUAAUAUUCUGUAUGCGAGGCAGCUUGCGGUGCGUCAUCCUCAGUUCACGGUGGUGGGUAUUCAUCCGGGGAUUGUGAAUACGAAUUUGCUUGGGAAUAGCACGGAUUCGUCGUUUAUUUGGAGGAAUGUGAUUAAUUUGAUGAGGCCGUUUGUGGCGACUGUUGAGACUGGUGUGAAGAAUCAGAUCUGGGGAAGUGUGGCGAAGAAUGUUAUUAGCGGGGAGUAUUAUGAACCGGUUGGGAUUUCGGGGAUGGCGGAGGAGCGUGCUAGGGAUGAUGAGACGGCGGAGAGACUUUGGGAGUGGACAGAGAAGGAGUUGGAAGGACAUGGCUUUUGA